AUGGAUUCAUGGGUCUACCAGCCUUCCAUGCACGAGCCGAAGCAGAAAGAGUCGGCAGCCGAGAUCGAUAUCCCCCUUCUGGAAGAAGAAGAAGAAGAAGAAGAAGAAGAAGAAGAAGAAGAAGAAGAAGGGAUGACCAUAAAUUUCGCGCUCGAGAUUUCCACCAUUCACAAUAGGAUUAAGCACGAGCAGGGAAGAAGAAGAAUUGCAGGAAAAAAAUCGCACUUCUUAGAGAAUAUGAAGGUCAUAAUCUGGACAAAGAGCGCGACGGUAUUGUCGUGGGCAUGGAAGGUGCGCCGGAAGAGACGAGCUUCUUCUCGCUAG